UGUAGAUGACAUAUGUUAUCGCACGCCUGUAAAUAAAUCUCCUGUAAACAUGGAGGUGUACGACUCGAUCGUCGUGGGAGCGGGAAUAGAGGGCUCGUCCACAGCAUAUAACUUGGUCAAGAAUGGACAACGCACCUUGUUGCUUGAACAGUUCCCCCUGCCCCAUUCUCGAGGAAGUUCUCAUGGACAAAGUAGAAUUACCAGGAUGGCUUAUGGCGAUGCCGAUUACUACACAGAGAUGAUGAAAGAGGCUUACAGAUUAUGGGAAAAACUAGAAAAUGAAUCCGGAACGACUAUAUAUACAAAAACAGGACUUCUAGCGGUGGGAAAAGCCGGAGACGAACUAAUUGAUGGAACUGUUCAGGCACUUCGGAAACACUCCGUGCCGUUCACAACACUGGACGGAAAGGCCCUGCGGUUGAAGUAUCCGAUGUUGGUCUAUUCCGAUGAUAUAUCGGGCGUGGAAGAUCACAGUGGGGGUGUUCUAUUUGCCGAUAAAGCUUUGGCGGCUUUUCAGGGUGAGUUUAUUAAGCACGGAGGCGUCCUGCGUGAUAACGAAUCUUUGGUGGACGUAUUCCCGGGAGACAUCGUGACAGUCAAGACAAACAAGGGCAGUUAUAGAGGCCGGAACCUAGUCUUGACUGUCGGGCCCUGGGCAACGAAAAUACUUCCUCCCCUCGGCAUACAUUUACCGCUCAAGGUGCUACGUAUCAGUGUGUUUUACUGGAAAGAGAAUAUUGCAGGAACGUAUGGCGCUGAUAAAUUCCCAAUUUUUCUGUGGGAUAACGCCAGUGGGAACUUUGAUGUGUAUGGCCUGCCUAGCCUAGAAUACCCGGGUUUGUAUAAGUUGUGCUUACACGCCGGACCAGAAAUUGACCCUGACAGACGAGACGACGUUGACAGCACCUGGGUAUUGGAUAAUAUGAAAAAGUUUGUCGCUGAACACUUCCCUCUUCUGGAGCCUCAUCCUGUUAUCACAGAAACAUGUAUUUACACUAACACUCCGGACCACGACUUUGUACUGGACAGACAUCCGGCCUGGAGGAACAUAAUCAUCGGUGCUGGCUUCUCAGGGCAUGGUUUCAAGCUAUCUCCAGUUGUAGGGAAAGUCCUCGCUGAGCUGGUCAUGCGGAAGACACCAUCCUACAACCUGUCUCAUUUUAGGAUCGACCGAUUCAACAAGUCAUCCAAAUGAUGAAUAAAAGAAAAAAAUCAAUGUCUAUAUAAUCAUCUAUAAUGACAAAAACGAACAAUUCAUCGUACAAUCAUAUCAAUAUGGAACAUGAUUAAAUGAAAACUAAUCAAAACUUGCUAGUGAUAUGUUCAAAUCGACAUCUGUGUGUUCGAAAAUAUGUUUGACAGUAUAUGAAUUACAAAUAUGGCAUCCUACAUAUUUGCUAUCAAUGCAUUGAAACAUACAAUAUCACCUUCAUGACAAGUAUAUGAUAACAUGGCUAUCAUAAGACCAUAUCCAUAUCCUAACCCGGAUCAACCAUCUGUCCAUAUCAGUCCCUAGGCCGCCGACCCUUCGGAUGUUGAGGUCCACGGAUGAUUCGGUGAAGGAUAUCGUUAUUGAGUUAGGACAGCCUUGUUGUCAUACAUUUGUACAUGCAUGCUAGACAUAAAAAAUAUGUCAGCACAACAUUAAAAUCAUAAGCAAUAACACAAAUCGAUUGUAAUUGUGGAUUUAUCGUACUGAAUUGGAAGUAAAAUGGAAAUGACAGGUACAUGGCGGACACGGCGCUUGCAGGGCGUAUAUUUGGCGGUCAGGGAUAUGGCUUAUGCGCAGCAAACAGUAUCGCAGUAUCGUAUAACAUUUAUUAUUCCAGAUAUGUAUCAACAUGUAAACAUUUCAUAUAGUAUUCAAGAUUCUGUAUAAAAAAUGCAUAUAUAACAAAUUAUUCAAGACAGUGAUUUGAAAUUUCAAAACACAAGUUAUUACACCUCCGUCGAGUGACUUUUAUAAUAAUUUCAUUAGCCUAUAGAACAUUGAAUAAAGUGUCACUUGCUAGAAACGAAAAAUGGUUGACUGUGCUAUUUGACCGUGUCAGAUGCUGCCUACAUGAAUAAGAAAUAUCUUAACAACGUCUUUUUAUACGAGUAUAAUAUGAGACAAUAAGCAGAGGACAACCGAAGACAAACUGAACAGAGUCUGAAUGGAGUACAAAUAUACCUCACAAGUAGAAACUCACAUGUUCGUACAAAACAGACGAAGUUGUAUAAAAAUAUUAUUUUUUCGCUUUACACGUUUUAAGGAUCAACCUUCAUUUUGACGGCGUAUACGGAAGUAUGAGUGCAGUUGGUAACGAACAUUUGUUGACUCCGCGAUCGAUCCAGGUAGCAUUAUCGGUAAAUCUAUUGAUGUACAUGUUUGAAAAUAAAUGUAAGUCAUAGACGGGUUAUUGUAAAUGUUUACAUGCCUAUAGCUUGUAAUAAUUAGAGGAAAAUAUAUGCGGGAAACAUUUAAUACUAGCCAAUAAAACAAAACAAUAGUUUAACAUAUGUCAGGUAGUUAUAAAGGAUUCAAAUAUUGAAAUGUCAUUGUGGCUACACUAAUGGUGUAUGCACCCAUCAAACACAUCAACACGAAUAAGUAUACUGCAUCAUAGUGUGACACAAUUUUGUUUUAUUUAGAAACCAAACUGAUAUUCCGUUUGAUAUGUUUUACCAGUAAAAGUUAAUAAUUGACUUCCCUCAAAGUAACAAAGACCGACAGAAGAUCUUAUACCAAUCACAAUCUGAAUGAUGAAAGAGAUGUAAUCAAAUUGUAAAUGUAAUACCAACCAUAAUGAAAUUUAUCAAUACGAGUUUUACUGAUUGUUUCUCUAAUACAUGUACCUCAGACCCAGCGAAUCAUCUGCAUUGUUUUCCUAUAUGCAUCGCAUUACCAUGUUUAUGAACUAUUGUCCACUCUCCUAUCAAUUAAGCGUUAUAAAAGAUAUUUAUACGAAAUUACGUUUGUUUUCUCAUUGACAUAAGACGUCAGGUAAAAGCUGCUACCUUGGUGCAUGUUCUCAAAUUGUUCUUUUUAGCAGUUUUGGGAAGCAGAAAAAUAUGCACGGUUUACCAUAUGAAAUCCACACUCUCAUACAGUCAAAAGGUACAACAGAACAUACCAACAAGUACGCACACAUGGGAAACUAAAUUUUUGUUAGAAAGAUUUCUUCAAAGGAUAUAUAUAUAUAUGUACUUGAAUUUGAGAAACAAAUAUUUGCCUUUUCUUCAUGCAUCUAUUCUGAUAUGUGUUUAUAAAUUGGCUAUUUCUUCAAAGUUUUGUAUACGUUUUUUAAAUGUGUUGGAGGAAGGCCUAGUUAUCUCCCUUUACAGUGUCAAUACUGCAUGUUCAAUACAGUAGGAUGUUUUUAUAAUUACCUCUGUUUAUGUAUUUAUCUACUGAUGAAUGAGUUAAGAUUAAAAUAAUAGCCAAUUUGAAUGGAAUCAUAUAUGUGUAGACGGAUAAAAGUGAAUCAAACCUCAAUUAUUUAUAAAUAAUUUGUAUUUAUAUUGUAAAUAUAAUGUAAAUAAAAGAUGGC